AUGCUGCUCCUAGGAUUUUCUCUGCUGCUGUUUCUGGUCUGGUUUCCCACAAGAAUCUGGACUUGCUUACAGUGUGACCCAACAUUUAAGAGCAAUAUGGCUAAGCUCCGGACUGACAUUGUUCCAAAGAAGAUACGGGACACUCGCUUGAAGGCACGGGCUGAAGUCCUACUCAGCGGUCUCGAAGGGGAUUUUUUUCUGCAUUAUGCCACCAGCCAGUUUUCAGGAUUGGCAGUUAAAUCCAUGGUUGAUGCCUUGAUCCAAGAGGUGAAGCACACAACAGAAAAACUGCUUCAAACCCAACUUGCAGAUGAGGCUCUGCUGGAAGAAUUAGUGGCCUUCCGCAGAGAAACAACCAUGAAACUCAAGAGGGCCUUAAAGGAGUACCAAAUACAAGGUUGUGAUGAAAAAAUAUGUGUUGCACUGAGAUAUGCAGUGUUUAAUUGCAGAAGAUGCCUACCAGCAGCGCCCUAUUGCUUGUCACUAAGUCAGUGCUUUGUUGAUAGCCAAGAGCGCCUGGCCCUUCGCUUUGGGCAACCAUUGGUGGAUCCAGAUAUCGCUCGAAAUGGAGUUGCCAUUGUCCUGUGUAUGGGCGGGGUGCUGUUCCUGGUGAUCAUAGGCGUGUAAGUAUCGCAAAUAGCCUGCA